AUGCAAGGCAAUGACAGACAUGGUGGUAAGAGGUGGAGCAAUAAGGGAGGAGCACAGGUCAUCAUGGAAUAUAAAUACUUGUUCUGGAUCACCUCUGUUCACUGUGCAAAAAUGGCUUGGAGUGACGCCCUGAUGAUUAUUGGCGGAUUCACAUUAAUUUUCUACUCGAUAAAAGCAGCAUGGAAAUGUUACCAAGGAUUCAAAGAGUUUAUUUUAUCUGAGUUUUGGCAAGUGGAUUUAAGGACUUAUGGGCAAUGGGCAGUUGUCACAGGAGCUACAUCUGGCAUUGGUAAAGCGUACGCCAUGGAGCUGGCACAAAGAGGCCUGGAUAUUGUUUUAGUGAGCAGAUGUGAUGUGAAGCUUCGACAGGUGGCCAAAGAGAUCGAGAGUCAGCAUGGUCGAAAGACUCGCAUCAUCCGAGUGGACUUCACACACGGCCAUAAUAUUUACCCUUAUAUAGCCACGCAACUACAAGGCCUGGAGAUUGGAAUUUUGGUUAACAAUGUGGCGAUGCCCUACUCAGACGAUUUUGCCCCAUUCCUUGAAAUUCCAGAUGCUGAACAGAAAAUCACAGAGAUUCUCGACUGUAAUGCGCUAUCUGUUGCUCAAACAACAAGAUUAGUUCUGCCAGGAAUGCUUGAACGAAGGACAGGUUUGAUCGUCAAUAUCUCCUCGCAAAUGGGAAUCCGUCCACAGCCUCUGCUGGCCCUUUAUUCUGCCACCAAAGCAUUUGUGAUGUAUUUCUCACAAUGUCUGCAUGCUGAGUACAAGGCAGAGGGGAUCACGGUCCAGUGUGUCGUACCCUUCCUGGUUUCCACCAACAUGAACAAAAUGAAAAGCAGCAGCUGCGUGAAGAGCGCUGCAGCCUUCGCCCGAGAGGCCUUGAACACAGUGGGCUACUCCAACUAUACCAGCGGCUGUCUGUUGCACGCACUGCAGAGCUUUGCUAUUGCCGUACUCAUGCCCGACCGUCUGCGUAUGUCCUCGUUCCUAGUGGCGAAACUGGUCCGCGCAGCACACCAAAGAAAAGUCCAAAGAGGAGUGCGCAGGGGCAUUCACACAUAUUCGUAAAGAAGAAACAAUUGGCCAUUGGAUAGUGUGUUUAGAAGAAUAGAGAAACGACUCCUUAUUUUUAAUGAAGAAAAAACACAAACCAAAUACAGAUUUGUUCCCUUGUUUGAA